UAUCUCAAUUUACUAUAAAUUGCCUUAAUCGGAAUGCCAUUUUUCUUAAUAUUAAAAUAGAAGAAUCUCAGCAAAUACAGAAACUCAAUUGGUGCUCGAAUUUUCUAAUCUUACACAGGAAAGGCGUCUGCAUUGGAGAUUUUGAUUGUUAUAUUGUGCUUCGCUUUCUGUGAGGAUGCUUAAGAUUCCUCCCCACCAAGUUGCAGGACACCAAGCCGGCAACGGAAAGCUUGGUCCCCUUGUGGAUGAAUCAGGACGUUUCUACAAGCCUCUCCAAGGCGAUGAACGAGGGUCCAAUGAGCUCAAAUUCUACACAUCAUUCUCUUCCGACACUCGGGUUCCAGAACACAUCUCCAAAUUCUUCCCUACCUUUUAUGGCACUCAGCACAUAGAGGCAUCCGAUGGAUCCGGCUUGAAACCCCACUUAGUUUUACAGGAUGUCUCUGUUGGUCGAUUCAAUCCAUCAAUUGUGGAUAUUAAAAUGGGUUCAAGAACCUGGGCGCCAGAAGCAUCUGAGGAGUACAUCCAGAAGUGCUUGAAAAAGGAUAGAGAGACAUCGAGCCUUCCUUUAGGAUUCAGGUUAUCAGGGAUACAAAUCUAUGGAAACAAAGAAUCAGGUUACUGGAAACCUGAAAGAACCUCUAUGCAGAAUCUUCCUGCAGAGGAAGUCAAGUUAAUCCUGAAAAAGUUUGUUUCUUCUAACACGUCGACUGACAUGGACUUGCACCCAGACUGUGCUUUUGCAGCAACUGUUUAUGGCGGUUCUACUGGCAUUUUAUCACAGCUACUGGAGAUGAAAGCGUGGUUUGAGGAUCAAACCAUGUACCAUUUUUAUUCUUGCUCAAUUCUGAUAAUGUUUGAAAAGGGACUUGCAUUGGAAGGACAGAAUCCAGGUGGACAAAUCAAGUUAAUUGAUUUUGCUCAUGUUAUUGAAGGAAGAGGUGUUAUUGAUCAUAACUUCUUGGGGGGUCUCUGCUCUUUGAUUAAGUUCAUAUCUGAAAUUCUUACUGCUCCAAAUGAGCACAAGAGCCUUGUUUCCUCCGAUAAUGGUGUCAAGUCUGUCAACUAAGCUUGUUCCAAGUUGCAACUUUUUUGUAUGAAAUUUUAUUUUGGGAUUGCUAUUACCCCAAUUAUUAAUCUCUAUGCACCCAGGAUGACAAUUAAACUUAUUAACAAAAUAAGAUAUCCUGAACUUCCUUUUUGUACUACUUAAUACAUAAAUGUACCCUUUAAUUUGACCUCAA